AUGCAAGGCGAGCACAUGUUCCCUGCUUUUGGUGGUGAAAUGCAGCCCGGUCUGUACAAAGGCGUCGAGAAGCGCAAGUUUGCGAACCCUGCUCCCCUUGGCCUCUCUGCCUUCGCGUUGACUACUUUUGUACUCUCGCUCAUCAAUCUCGGAACUCUUGGCCUGACUUCUAGUUCUAUCAUUAUCUCACUGGGCUUUGCCUAUGGUGGACUGGUGCAAUUGCUGGCUGCCCUCUCUUCGUACGGCGGAUUCUGGCUGUCGUUUGCUAUUCUGCUGACUCCUGGGGGUUUUGGAAUUGAAGCCAACCUUGCAAAAGCGGAUGGUGCAGGAGGAGCACUGAAUCAUAUUGGUCUUUUCCUCAUGGGUUGGUUUAUCUUUACCUUCAUCCUCUUCCUCUGCACACUCAAGUCCACUGUGGCAUUCUGCAUGCUGUUCUUUACCCUCGACAUUUGCUUUUUGCUCCUGGGUCUAGCAUACCUUCGCCACAAUGGCUCUACUCCUCAUACCGGCCUUCUUCGCGCAGGGGGCGCCUUUGGAAUAAUCACUGCGUUCAUCGCAUGGUACAAUGCGUUUGCGGGUAUUGCAGAUGAGUCCAACUCGUUCUUUGUCAUUCCUGUGGUAUACUUCCCAUGGACCGAAAUGGGAAAGAAACAAUGGGGCUAUCACAAAGACAACCACGUCGCAUAA